AUGGAUUGGAAUCAUUUUGUUGGAGAAAAUAAGGAGCUAACAAUGUGGGAUGUGGUUACAAAGAUGGUGAUUAUGGCGGGUGGGAAGGUGAAGGCGAUUCCUUCAGGGGACUUUCAUCAACGACAACUCGCCUGGUUAUCAGCUAACUUCCUGGAGCAAGCUUGGAAGGAAAUGGCUCAAACUCUUACGGAGGCUACUAUAGUGAAUGUGCAGGAAAUUUUGGAGGCAGAGCCUCCACGUUGGCUUCCUGACAGUUCUGCAUCAGCCUGCAUGCUUUGUAGUGCACGUUUCCAUCCUAUCAUUUGCUCCAAGCAUCACUGUCGCUUUUGUGGGGGAUUGUUCUGCAACGAAUUCUCAAAAGGGAGGAGUCUAUUGCCUCCAAUAUUCCGUAUUUCAGAUCCACGGCGAGUCUGUGACGUUUGUUGUGUGCGUUUGGAGUUUGUGCAGGGGUAUUUGAUGGACCAAGUUAGCCGUGCUGCACAGUUGCCAACCUAUGAUUUGACUGAUCUCAGUACCUUGAGAUCUUGGCUGAAUUUCCCGUGGAGCCAGUCCAUGGAAUAUGAGAUUUAUAAGGAGACAAAUGCACUCAAAAGCUGUAACAAAGGAAAGACAAAAGACAACAUGAAAGCAAGGAAAUAUUUGAAGAAGUUUUGUAAGCGGCGAAAAUGGGAAGUUCCAGAUGAUGCCAAUGAUGAGACUAAUAUGCCAAGUGUUUCAUACGUCUUGUCUAAAGAGAAGAGAAAGGUUUUGUUAAUAGUUGCAAGGGUUAAAAUUCCCCGAAGGAUAUGCAUCUGA